CCAUCGUCAACAUAUUGGAAACCAAAAUUGUGUGCAUAAUAUUAUCUGCUUACAUAACAGCAUAUACAUCCUGAUUUUCUUAACCCCUUUGAGUUAACAUCUGUAUCCUCAGUUUGCCCGAGGAAAUCAGUUUUGAGCGUGAGUUUCAAGGUACCUCAUUGGGUACGAUAUCGCUUCUCUUCUAUACAAGGGAGAACAACAAUACACCGAUCAAAGGUACUUUUUGAUUCACUGGCACAAAAUGCAGCACCCAAAAGGAGUACAAGAACAGCCAAGGUACGAAAUGAUUAACUUCCGGGGAAAUCGAUCCACCUCCAAAAAUGAAAACAGAACAACUGGACAGGUCAACGAAACGAAACUUAAGUCUCUAAAGCCUGAAGAAGGAGAAACCGAAAUUGAGGAAACAAACGAGUUUCCUCAUUCAGACCUGAAUCGUACUGGGGCAGUCUAUAAAGUCAUUGCGAAUAACGCUGAGGGACCCACGGUUGACAUAAAGACAAAGUCCUGCGUGGACCACCGAGAUGCAAUCUACGACGCACUGAACAUCAUCGCUGAAACAACAGGACAACAAAUGAAUUCAUGCCGCCGCACGAUGUGUUUCACGACUGCACUACUGAUGAUUAUUUUUCUCAUAGCUGCAGCUGGCCUGACUUUGACUUUGAUGAUGCUUAUUUCAGGGAACACCUUAAGUUGGAAUCAAACGCCUACUUUACCACCAAAGGCUGUUGGAAGUGGAAGGGACGAUAAUCAAGAAAUGAAAUUGAAGAUUUUAAAGCUGGAAGAAGCCUUAAAUCUCACCCGCUUUCAAGUUCAAAAACUCAAGAUCGAACUACAGACACAAAAGAAAGCGUUGGAGAACCUAACAGUACAGGAACAAAGCUGCAGCCGCUGCACUGGUCCACCAGGCCCUCCAGGCCCACGCGGCCAAAUAGGACCGCCAGGCUUUCCAGGCGCCCGCGGACCCGUUGGCCCUAUGGGUCCCAAUGGUACAGCUGGACCAGCGGGUCCUCGAGGUUUAAACGGUUCUCAGGGCUCACCAGGGCCUCGCGGUAUUCCAGGAGCAAUGGGGCCGCGCGGAUAUAAUGCAUCACGAGGAUUACCAGGCCCCCAAGGACCAGCUGGAAAGAACACGGCUUGGAAUGUGAGCCUUUGUCAGUACAAGAACAAGAAGGAAGUUGCACAAACAGCAGGGGCGUCAGCAAAUUCAAAAGUCAUUCUACGAGAGGAUGAACACCCGGGGAUGAAGAUUGUUGCAGCUACUUGCUCAACACACAAUGCUGCAGAGUACGUCUUUGGUGAUCCAAAAAUUGACCCCAGAACAGGAACCAUUGCGUACAAUUGUCAUUGUAAAGGAAAAUCACAACUGUUCCUGGGUGCUAAUAGCAUGCAGUGUGUUAUUCACUACUGGAUCUGUCCAAUCGGAAAUUAA